CCCGGGCCCACCUUCCCCGAUCCGCGACCGGCGCCACCGCGGCUAUAAAUGGCGGCCCCGAGAGCAUUCCAUGGAUCCCGUGCCACACAUCCGUCUGCCUCUUCUCCCCCUACCGUCCCGUCCCGAAUAAAGAGCAGCAGCGCAAGAGGCAGGUCGAGUAAUUUACCCGAGAAGAAAGCAAUGGCGGCGGAGUCGUUCCUGUUCACCUCCGAGUCCGUGAACGAGGGCCACCCCGACAAGCUCUGCGACCAGGUCUCCGACGCCGUCCUGGACGCCUGCCUCGCGCAGGACCCCGACAGCAAGGUCGCCUGCGAGACCUGCACCAAGACCAACAUGGUCAUGGUCUUCGGCGAGAUCACUACCAAGGCAACCGUCGACUACGAGAAGAUUGUGCGCGACACCUGCCGCGAGAUCGGCUUCACCUCCGACGACGUCGGCCUCGACGCCGAUCGCUGCAAGGUGCUCGUCAACAUCGAGCAGCAGUCCCCCGACAUCGCGCAGGGCGUGCACGGCCACUUCACCAAGCGCCCCGAGGAGAUCGGCGCCGGCGACCAGGGCCACAUGUUCGGGUACGCCACCGACGAGACCCCCGAGCUCAUGCCGCUCAGCCACGUGCUCGCCACCAAGCUCGGCGCGCGCCUCACCGAGGUCCGCAAGAAUGGCACCUGCGCCUGGCUCAGGCCCGACGGCAAGACCCAGGUCACCGUCGAGUACAUCAACGAGGGCGGCGCCAUGGUCCCCGUCCGUGUGCACACCGUCCUGAUCUCCACCCAGCACGACGAGACCGUCACCAACGACGAGAUUGCCGCCGACCUCAAGGAGCAUGUCAUCAAGCCUGUGAUCCCCGAGAAGUACCUCGAUGAGAAGACCAUCUUCCACCUGAACCCGUCUGGCCGCUUCGUCAUCGGUGGCCCUCACGGUGACGCUGGGCUCACCGGCCGCAAGAUCAUCAUCGACACCUACGGUGGCUGGGGAGCCCACGGUGGCGGUGCCUUCUCCGGCAAGGACCCGACCAAGGUCGACCGCAGUGGCGCCUACAUUGCCAGGCAGGCUGCCAAGAGCAUUGUUGCCAGUGGCCUCGCUCGCCGCUGCCUCGUGCAGGUGUCCUACGCCAUUGGUGUGCCUGAGCCUCUGUCAGUGUUCGUCGACUCGUACGGCACCGGCAAGAUCCCCGACAAGGAGAUCCUCAAGAUUGUGAAGGAGAACUUUGACUUCAGGCCUGGGAUGAUCACCAUCAACCUCGACUUGAAGAAAGGCGGCAACAGGUUCAUCAAGACCGCAGCCUACGGCCACUUCGGCCGUGACGACGCCGACUUCACCUGGGAGGUGGUCAAGCCCCUCAAGUCCGACAAGGCAUCUGCUUAAGAACGAAGGGAGAGGAAAUGAGGAACGUCUCACGCUUUCUACCUCUUGCUGCUGAUACCUGCAUUGCUGUUGCUUCUGCUGCUCCUGGAUGUGUCUUUGAUCAGUGACUGGUUGCUCCUUGGAAGAAGAAAUGCUUUGGCCAUUGCCGCGACAAGCCAUGUCGUCGCCCACCCGCGUAGUGAUGGUAGUUUUGUUGUGGCAGCCAGGAUUAUGCGCUGAUCUUUACCUUUACUAGUUGAGUCUUUUGUUCUGCAUCUUUUUCUUUUUUUUGAGUCUGCCGGAACUGAGAUUUGCAGUUUGCUCAAUCAGAUGUUAUUGUUAUGUUAUUCUUUAGGUGCCUUCCGUGUAACCUCAUUGAUACUACUACAUGUUUCAAUGCCAAUCAAAGGAUUAUAUGUGAUCCGUACUAGCA